AUGCAACAAGACUCUAGGCGGGGACCUGAUGACCCUUGUGGAUACCUCAGGCGCAAGCCCACCAGUGGCCGGCUGAGCCGUUACGGAGGGUGGCUCCCAGCUCAACCUGCGGUAUAUCGCGAGUUCUUGAAGAGUCAGCGCCAGCUCGGAAGGCAGCGCCGUCGUGCUGCAGUCGAGCAUGUCGCCGCCGUUGCACAGUUCGAGAAAGCGAUCAGAUCAGACCCCGUUAUGUCGCAGCUUAUGGACCAAGUGUUCCUCCAGGUUGCCAAAGUUCCCGGUUUUGACAAUAUCGACAACUUCGAGGAGCUCCUCCAUACCAUGGAUGGCAUUGUCACCACAGCGCCGAAGUUCCAGGUUGUUAAAGACGAAGACGGCAAUACCGUCGGGGACUCCGUUGGAUGCCCCUUGUAUCUUCUCCUUGAUCUGCCCAGCAACACCUCCGCUGGGUACGAUCUCUUCCGCAUGCCCGCCUUCAACAAGGUCAUGGGGGACGUCUUGAACGAGUGGGGCCGCUAUCUAACCACCCCAGAUUCGGGAAACGUGCUCAAUGAGACAGAAGAGGGCUGGUUCAGUCCUCUCUCUCUUGCUGGCCUGGAGAAGGGGCGCGGACGGUUCAACUCCACUUACGUCUGCCCUGAACCCGACUCUCCCAAUCGCGGCUUCACCUCAUGGGAUGCCUUCUUUACCCGCGCAUUUCAACCGAGUGCCCGCCCCGUCAUCGCAUCCCACGACAAGUCGAUCAUCCACAACGCAUGCGAGUCUACCGUCUAUGCCAUCUCGCGCAACGUCAAGAAACACGAUCGAUUCUGGCUCAAGGCUCAACCUUACUCCUUGUACGACAUGCUCGACCAGAACGACGAAGACGCGGAGAUGUUCGUCGGUGGCACGGUCUUUCAGGCGUAUCUCAGCCCCGAGGACUACCACCGCUGGCACGCUCCAGUCGACGGUGUUAUUACCAAGACUGUCCUCGUUCCGGGCGCCUAUUAUGCUGCAUUACCCGACGAGGGAGCUGAAGAAGACGAUCCCGACCUCAAACCUGGCGAUCCUCACGGAGCCAGCACCCGCUCGCAAGGCUGGCUGACCGUGGCGUCUGUUCGCGCCCUCGUCUUCAUCAAGGCCGACAACCCAGAUAUCGGUAUGGUGUGCUUCAUCGGUGUUGGUAUGUCAGAGGUAUCUACCUGUGAGACCACGGUUAGGCCUGGUGAUCGCGUCAAGACGGGCGACCAGCUUGGCAUGUUCCACUUUGGUGGCUCUUCGCAUGCACUGAUCUUUCCAGCGCAUGCUAAGAUCACCUUUGCAAAUGCCGUCCAGCCUGACAAGCAUCUUUGGGUCAACUCAGUCCUUGCCCAAGUGAAGAAGGAGUAGAGGUCAGGACUACAGGACCGUCAGGCGAAGUAGUUGUAGCUCUAUUCAGUUACUCUACAACUUUGUUUCUCGAUUUAGGACCUGUCUGGAAGGUAUUCUAGUUAGCUAGUAUCGCUUCAGUAUUGAGAAAUUAAGCGACUUAUCUGGUUUGCGCUUGUCGCGUUUGUGCGUCAAUACAUCGUUUUAGUGGC